UGCUAAAUAACUAGCCGAGGGCUUGUUUACCAUCAUGGAUAGGGAGGCGUACCGUAACUGCAGCAGCCUGGUCAAAAUACCAAGGCAGUCAUAUGAACAGUUUUGGUCUUCGCAUUUUCUAGAUUACAUUGACAAGGAGCUUAGCUAUUCCAAGUUUUUCAAGAAAUAUCUGCUCCCCAAUCACCCUUGUAUGUUUUCAAGGAGAUUUACAGAGGAGUGGAAGUGUAGGAAACAGUGGGUGACUGAGGAUGGGAAACCUAAUUUCCAGAAAUUGCUGCAAGAGUUUGAUGAGACUCCAGUCCCUGUUGCAAACUGCAAUGCGAAGGAGUACAAUGCUAACCCCAAACAAGUCAUGCCUUUCAAAGAAUUUAUACACUACUGGAGGGAAUACAUCUUGAAUGGACACUCAUCACCCAAAGGAUGCCUCUAUCUUAAAGACUGGCACAUGUCAAGGGACUUUCCAGAACAUAAUGUUUACACCACACCAGUGUUCUUUACUUCUGACUGGCUCAAUGAAUACUGGGACACCCUUGAAGUGGAUGACUACCGAUUUGUCUACAUGGGACCUAAAGGGUCAUGGACACCAUUCCACUCUGAUGUGUUCCGUUCAUACAGUUGGUCUGCAAACAUCUGUGGCAGGAAGAAGUGGCUCUUGUAUCCUCCAGGUCAGGAGGAGUUUUUACGAGACACUCACGGCAACCUCCCUUAUGAUGUUACGUCAGCUGAACUUCGAGACAGAGGCCUUUUUCCACACGCUGAAGAAGCCUGCCAACCUCUUGAAAUCAUUCAGGAGGCAGGAGAAAUCAUUUUUGUGCCUAGUGGUUGGCAUCAUCAAGUUUAUAAUCUGGAGGACACCAUCUCCAUUAAUCAUAACUGGCUGAAUGGUUGCAACAUUGACAUCAUGUGGCAGUUUCUUCAGACUGAACUGUCAUCUGUUCAAAAAGAGAUAGAUGAGUGGAGAAACACAAUGGACUCGUGGCAUCAGCACUGCCAGGUAAUUAUGAAGGCUUGCUCCGGUAUCAAUUAUGGAGAAUUUGCCUCAUUUUUGAAAAUCAUUGCCAACAACAGAAUGGCUUUCCUUAACGCUUGCUCCUCUGGGGAUCCCUCCGAUUACUCACGUCAUCUCUCAGAGAUCCUCACCACGCUGGGACCUUACCACGCGGCCUUUGACCUACAAAGAGUAGCUCAUAUAAUCGAAUGCCUCCUGUGCAAUGAAGACUUUAAGCGACUCGAUCACUCAACAUUGACUCUGCAGCCAGAAACAAUGUUACAGCAAAUUCGUGACACCAUACAGUCCACAAGAGGGCAGCAUCUCCUUUAUCAGGAGUAAUGUGUUCAGCCUCUCACCAUUGUUAUCGCCUGGAAAUAGCUUGAAUGAAAAGUGCCCGUUUGCAAAAGUGCAAAAAAAAAAAGAUGAUAUAUCUGUUACUGCAUCUUUGGGUUGAGAUGAACUGCAAUCUCAAAUAUUGCUUGUGAAUGUCUUGCAUUUGUUUUUGCACUGACAGAUUAAAUACAUAAAAAAAAAAAAA